UGCCAGCCCUAGGUCCGAUUGCAUCCCUCGAAAAAUUUACACAAACUGCGUGUGAAAAAGCCCUAGUUUUUGCAUACCUCUCGGGCGUCUACUUAUCGAGUGCGAUAAACGCGCGCGUUACGGUUCUGAGUGCGUUACCUGCCCCCGGGUCGCCAGAAUGUGGUAAGCAGCCGCGCGGCCAGUGGACGAGCGCUGUUCUACUUCCCUAAAUAACACACCGCACGCACACACGCGCGCGCCGCCGAGUGUCAACAGCUGCCCUGGCGAAAAAAUGUCGGACAUUAACGAUGACCUGCUCAACUACGAGCUGGGCGACGACAUCGAUGACCAGGCCUUGCUCGGCGCCGACGAGGACGAGUUGCUACUCUCGGACGAAGAGCUCGAAAAGGAUGUCACCAGCGAGGUGAAGCAGCAGAUGCGCGCCGAGGCCGAGGAAUGGGCCCAGGAGCAGAUUCGCCAGCACGAGCGCAAGCACAAGGAGCAGUUGCAGGCCGGAGCAGCUGCAGCGGCUGUGGCAGUCACUACUGCAGCGACAGCCACAGCUUCGGGAGCCCAGAGAGCAGAGGUGGCGCCGCCAAAGACUCAACCAGAGCCCACAAACCCAGUUCCUGCCCCAGUUCAGACUCCAGCUGCUGCUGCAGCUCCCUCACCGGCGGCAGUUAAUCCGCCCAGCGGCACAGUGGAGAAACCACCUAGGGAAGCCCAAGCUGUGGCAGCAGAGCCAGCGGAGGACCAGGUGACAGCCACUCGGAGGGAGUCGCCAGCGCAGCAAGCCAAUGAAGUGAGAGCCCCUGCUGAGACCGCGGAGUUGGAAGCUCGCCCAAACAAUGGCAACGGCGAGGAGGCGGCCGAGAAUGCAGGCAGCCAGAGCGAGAGUGAGCUAGGCCUCAGUUCGAUGCUGGCCUCCUCCCAGGAGAGCCUGCCCAGUGCGGUGAGCUCGGCCUCGGCGAUCUCAGAGCUGCCCGAUCCGCGCGAGGACGACGAAGAGCGCGAGGAGCGCACUAACUACAAGACGGCCAGCGAGCGGGCCGACAGCAGUAUGAGGCAGCAGCAGGAACACGCACACAUGUCGCCCUACCAGCACCAGCAGCGGCGACACCAUGGCCAUGGCGAUAAGCCACGCGUCGGCGGCGGUGGACGUUUUAUGCAUGGCCAGCAGCAGCAGCAGAAUCAAAUGGGCAAGCCGCCGCGCGGUAUCGGAACUCGCCAUCACCUGCUGAGGAAUCCCCCGCCAAUGUUUGGCGUCCAGCAGCAGCGCAUGGGCAUGGCCGGAAUGCAGCCGCCGCCGCAGCGAUACGGCAUGCCGGGUAAUGCUCCACAACCGCAGCACCUGGCUCUGAUGAGCGCACCAGUGGGUGCUGCUCCCACCGCCGCCUGCCUCCUCCCACUAACCGUGCCCGUCUCCCCACUCACCCUGUCCAUGCCACAAGCCCAUCCAAGCCAUCAAGCCCCCCAUCAGCAGCAGAAGCAGCCACAGCAACAGCAGACACUGAACAAUCCGACAUUCAUUCCAAUUCCAGGCCAGUACCCGCCAACUCAGCCACCCAACCAGUCAUCACAACAAGCACCGACCAACACACAACAGCCACACAGCGCUCCCGCCUCUCCCCUCCACACUCCCACGCAUUCGCACAUGAUGCACCACAGUCACAAUCCGAACGGUGGCGUACCGCCCCACCUGCUGGCGCAUCCGCACGAGCAGGGGCGUGUGGGCCUGCUGCAGCCACCGCCGCUGGCGUAUGCCCCCAAUCCCGGUGGCUAUCGCAAUGGAGCACUGCUGGGUCCGGGACCCGGACCUGGACCUCAUCAGCAGCACCAGUCGCCGCACCAGCAGCAGUCGGGCAUGCGUCCGCCGCUCUAUCGCAACGCCCCGCCCUCGUAUGGCUACGAUCAGGGCCAUCCGCCCCAGCAUCCGCCGCAGUUUAUGCGGCCGCACAACGGCUGGCGGCCGCAGGGCGACAAUACGCGCAUGCAGAGGCCGCCACUGCAGACGCUGCCGCUGCACAUGAUGCCCGGCGCCCCGCCAAACUACGCCAACGGCAUGGGCAUGCGAGGUCCGCCGCCCCAGCAGUCGCCGCAGCAGCAACAGCCGGCACCGCAGCCAUCGGGACAUACGUCGCAGCAGCCGGGUAAUCCCGGCCAGCCACAGCCGCAGCCAAAUGGACCGCCACAGCAGCAGCAACAGCAGCAGGGCUCGUCAUCGGUGCCGCGGGUGAGCAAGGUGCUCAUCAAUCCGAAUUUCAAGGGCGGCGUCGAGGCGGCCACCAACAAGUUCAUCAAGGAGACGCACUUUAUGCCCGCCAUCAACAGCGAGGCGGAGUUGCUGCGCCAGCAGGAGGAGUUUAUCAACAAGAAUCGGCAGUACUUCGAGAAGCGGCGCAUGGAACGCUCGCCCCCGUCGGCGGGAUCCAACUCGGGAGCCGCCGCCUCUGGCCAGGCAGGCGAGCGGAGACGCACACGCAGCCGCAGUCGCUCGCGGGGUCGCAGCUACUCGCCGGUGAAGCGCAUGGAGAGGGAACGCGAUCGAGAGCGGGAGCGCGAGAGGGACAGGGAGAGGGAGCGGGAUCGGGAGCGAGAUCGUGAGAGAUAUGGCGCCAACCGGGCGCCAGGAGCCCGAGGAGGAUUCCGAAGAGCAUCCAGCCGAGACCGAGACGAGAAUCGUGGCGGUGCAAGCGCAGCCAGUGCCCAGGGAGCCGGCGGAGUGUCAUCCAGCGGAGCGGCUCCGCCCAAGCGACGGAGAAGCGGCUCGGCCGGCACAGGCGCCGUCCGCAAUCCCUUCUCCGGCGAGCCACGCGGCCGGCCCUCCGAAUCAGGCAGCCGCAGCAUGCCCAGCGACGAGGACGAGGAGACCCGCAACUACCGCCUGGAGAUCGAGAAGCAGAAGCAACUGCGCGAGAAGAUCAUGCGCGACAAGGAGCUGAAGCGCCGGCGUGCGGCCGAGGAGAAACUACACGAGGAGAAGCGCGCCGAGCAGCACAGUUCGCCAGCGCGCGACGACCAGGAGACGGCCGCGGGCCCAGGAUCAGCAGCGUCGACAGCUGGAGCGCCCAAGCACAGGCCUGCUCAGCCAGCCGCCGAACGCAAGGUUAUCUCGCUGAAGCGUCGCGAUGACCAGGAUGCGGCCAGCGUGCGCAACAGGCAGGCGCCAUCGCAGUCGCAGUCACAGACGCAGUCGCAGUCGCAGUCCAAUGCCCAGCCAACUCAGGGCCAGCAGCAGCCGGCGCGCAAGCAACUGACGGCGGCAAAGAUAGCGCCAGAGGCGAAACGCAGCAUAACCGAGCACCUGGCGCCCUCCUCCAAGCAGCAGCAGCAUCAUCAUCAUCAGCAGCAGCAGCAGCAGCAGGUGCCGGCGAGGGCGACGGGAGCUGCGGCUGGCGGCACUCCACCGAAGCCGCGCGACAUGCUGCGCCUGGGCACGCCCAGCGACGACGAGGUGGAGCUGGACUACGAUGACGAUGACCUGCUGCUGGACGAGGAGGAUCGUUUGUUGGCCACCCCAUCGCCGCCGCCGCAGCAGCAGCAGAAGUCGAGCAGCAAGCGAUCGGCCACGCCAGAGUUGUUGGUGGUCAAGCGGAAUCACAAGGUGAUGCGCGGCGGCGGUGGCGGCGGAGGCAGUGGCUCCACGUCGGCCACCAGCUUUAGUUCCGGCCAGCGGCGGGUGGUGCUGAAGCCCACCAGCAAUGGAAGCAGCAGCGGCGGUGGAGAUCAGCAGUCAUCGCAUGGCGGCCGGCAGCGGGAGAGGCGGCAACGCGAGGAGCAGCGAAAAAGUAGCGCAGGAGGAGGAGGAGGAGGAGGCAGCAGCAGUUCAGGAACUGGCGGAGGAUGCAUCUUCGAUCGGCUAGAGAAGCGGCAGGGAGCCUCCUCGGGAGGAGGCAGCAGCGGCGGAGGCGGCGGCGGCGGGAGCAGCCACAAGCAGCGCUCCAAGGUGCCCGCCCGCAUCGUACUCAAGCACGAUUGAUAAGGCGAUGAACUAGAUUAAGCCCAAAGUUUUAUAUAUAUAUAUAUCGAUUAUCUCUGUAGUGGAUAAGCGAUGCAGAUGCACGACGUUGAGGAGGAGCAGGCAUAUAGGGUUAAGCGGAACAUUAGCUCUAAGUUAAAAAGUUGCAAAUUGUUGAUCUGUAGACUUGUAUGCCCCAUGUCUAUAUAAAAAGCGGUUUAUAUACACAGCCCCAUAUAUAUGUCAUGUACUUGGUGAGUAUGCGUAUGGGUCUCCACACCGUACUCCAUGCGGUAUACACAUAUAUAUAAUACAUAAUAUAUAAUAUAUAUUCAUUUAGCCCUAAGUGUACAAAAAUCUUAACUAUGACUAAAACGUGCUUCGUUUUCUUAACCGCAAUUUGUAUUUAAAUCUAGAAUUAAUUGGGAUGCUUAAAGCUUGACCUGGACAACCGAACUAAAUUACCACAAUAAUGGCCACACGACUAGAACUCAAAAAUGCCGCUUUAUGUGCGCUCGCAGAUUAGCCUAUGUAACCAAUUGAAUUAUGCCUAUAUUUACACACUACUCUAAAUAUAACUAGAAAUACUUCAAUUUAGUUGUAAGCCAAACGAGCUGAGCGUCCUGCGACAGUUCUAAAAGAUUUUAUUGAAAGCUAAAAAAGAGGAGUAAAUCCAGAAAAAAAAAAUUAGUACGAACAAGCGCAAAAAUGCUCCUGAGGAAUUUACCUUGUGUUUAAGUUAUGGCCCCGACCUGAAUAGUUUUUUGAAAUGAUUUUUUACAUUGUGUCCCGUUGUUUGUAAAUUGAAAUUUAUUGUCCUCUUGUUUUCCUUGUUUUUGUAACCACCAUAAAGAACAAUUACGAAACUAUGUUUGCUUGUGAACUAGUUUAGCUAAUAAACUUGAAAUAUUGUAGCAUAUGAUAAAUGUAUGUGUACACAGAAAGCAAUACCAUAAUGGCCUGAGAAAACGCAGUCGCAAAGCAUGGUAACCGAUAGCUGGGAGUGCAGACAGAUCAAACCAUAUAGUAGCGCGUAGCAAACACACAAGAUACCACACACACACACAGCAUGCGGGCCAGAUCGAGGUUAAUCAGUGAGGGUGGACCGCAUUAUUGAUAAUCGAUUGAUAGCCUAGAUAACUAAGUUAAUGUACAUACCACCCCCCCAUACACACACACACACAGCAUAUUCGCCUAGCCACAUUUAUGUAAACGUACCACACUCCCCCCAAAAGCUGCGAACGAACACCAUCCAUCUAGAUCAACAGCCAUAACUCCACUUAGAUUACUCGUAUCUAAACCGAAGCGAAAUGCCUAGACUAAAGAGAUUGUUAAAUUAUUGCCACUCCCACUUAAAGCCUCGAAAAAUGUGCGGCAUACGUUGCCAGCCUCAGAGGAGCAUAAUAUCUAGAAACUAAACGGAUAAGCCUAUAAUGAUAAUGUUAAUGCGAGUCAUUUGUAUUGUAACUAAGAAGGCCCAGGCGCGACAGACAUAUAUGACAUGAGAUGUACUAAAACCGCUCUAUUAUAAUCGAAUCAAGUCGACUCGAAUCCCAAAGUAAUAGCAUCUGAUUUGCAAGUCCACACUUGAGCUUGACUUUGCCUCCGUGUAAUUGUAACUUUUAUCCGUGCGACAAAGGUCGCCUGCAAUGCCUGUUUAGGGUCGCAACGCUAGAAAAUGAUUAUGUAUAAUUGGAAGCGCAUAAAAAGUCGUAUAUGCCUAGGUAUACGUAUAACUCUAGUAAUCGUAAUGCUACACAAUAUGAUAAAAUAAUAAUAUAUAUAUAUAUAUAUGGACUAAUAAAAAACAAUUAUACUACGUGCACACAUACAAUCGUGCGGCAGCAUAACUGUGUAAAACAUCUAAAGUUAUUCCAAGUGAUUUUAGCUUUUUAAGAAAUAAGUCAAAAGAAACCGAUCAACAACCACAACAACAAAACUGAACACUCGUAGUGGAAAGUACACAAAUAGCGAAACAAAAAUGAUUCCAAUCAGCAAAUCCGAGUCUGUGAUUAUUUUUAUAUUAUUCUUAUUAUUAUGCAUAAACUAUAUUACUCUAUAUAUAUAACAACUAUAUCCAUUAUGCCCCCCGCCUCCCCCACUUCCCUUAACAUAAUUUGUUUACCCCCGCCCCCGACUCUUUUGAUUUCUUGUUUUGUACACCUCAAAGACCACGAUCCAAAUCGAAUACUAGAUGUAAGUGCUAGAUAAAUCGGUUUUCCAUCAGGCCACCACUCCGUUCCCAGUCAGCUUAAGGAGGGAUCGAUUCAUUAAUGUGUGAUAUAAACUACUGUAUGGGAGGGGGUUUCGAAUGGAGUGCGUGGACUGUGGCGACCAACGCCUAUUAGUGUUUAAGUCCAAGUUCUUCGGCACUAGUUGCAAUGCUGGGCCCAAUCAAUACACAACACACCUAACAUUCCUCGCAUUCUCCCAGCUUUAUUUUCAGUUCUCGAAUCGCAAAUACAUUUUACCCAUGUGUAUAGUUAAGGACGAGUGGCAGAAAUGCCAAGACAAACACUAUUCGAUGUUAGUUACGUAUACCUAGAAAGUUACUCUCUAUGUGUGCACGAACCUACCCGUAAAUAUUUAUUAUAAUUUUAAGCAUUUUGAACGAUAUCUCUGUUCCUACACUUAUAUACACGCCUAUAUAGUUUUUUGUUUUGUUAGUCCUAGACCAAUUGUUUGAUUUUGUUAUAGUUUGUAACUUAUACCUCGCCCUCAUGUUUUCUGUUCUUGUUACCGCGUUAAACCAGCCACAAGCCAUCCCAGCCCGCCCAUGCUAUGACUAUUUAUUCAUAUUAUCCCCAAAACUCAAAACUAACCUAAAAUUGUCAACGAACUUUUUUCGAGGGCAACGCAACUGUACCCUCAUAUCCCCUUCCCGCUCUCGCUCAGUCUUUUUCCACCAUUACCUAUCUCUCUCUCUUACACCUAUAUUUCUCUCUCUUAACGCCGAAAUUUUUCUCUCUAUCUCUCUCUGUCUCACCGUGCACCGUUCAUCGGAGCAGAGCAGAGUACCAGAUAUUAACCCUAAUUGUAAUCAUAUAUAAAACCUAUGCCUAAUUUUCUUUCAGCACUAUUCUUUGUACAAAUCGAAAGAAAAAAUUGACAAAAAAAAAGAA